GUAGGAAAGAAGCAGCGCGCUUGUUGACGCCACAAGCGCAACGUCAAUACGCCGGAGCCCUACCAGGAGCUCUGACCAAGGUUAGACUAUUGCGCGUUGUAUUGGCAGCUCUGAUGAUUCCACACCACCUCUUCACGCUCUCUGAACCCCUAAAGACGUUCCCUUCGUCGUUUCCGUCGCUCCUGUCGUUCUGGAUGUCUUGGGCCAGCGCAGCCGCGUACCAGCCAUGUGACGUCGAAACUAAACCACAUGCCAUCGUUUCACUCGCCAGGCAAAACGAUCCGCGGGAUCUAGAACCUCGAUCGCGUCCAUCCAGAAGAUCGCGAAUGCAGGGCUGGAAACUCUCAUGGCCUGCAACGCAGGGUCGAUGUUAAGUAUAGACUGGAAUUGAGAGGACGGUGAAGAAUUUGAUUUAUGCAUAGUGUAUACAACAAUUGCAUUGCUGUCAGGCGAUUGGGAGCGCAGCAAAGGUAUUCAUAGAGGACGACUCGCGCUAGUAGG